AUGGGUCUUCCUAUGUACGUUUCUCCAUCUCUGUCAAAAAGACAACUUCCACCAAAGCAACCACAGCAACCACAGUCACCUCCGUAUACACCAUAUGAAGACACUGAUUUUGCUGGGGAACCUUAUCAGAAUUCAAGAACAAGUGCUUUUGGUAAUCGUCGCUAUUUUCUCCGAAAUGUUUCUUCGACCUCACUUCCAUAUAACGGUGAAUACUCUGUUUAUGGAGGCGGAGUUAAUGGUACCGGCUCAUAUCGCUCGUCAGAGCUAAGCCCGGCAGACCAACAACCAAUAAUAGAGAUACCAGAAUUGCUUCAACCAAGGAAUUCUGUCUCUCAACAACCACCACAUAACAACCAACCACGAACACAAAGAAUAAGAUCUUCAGUAUCAUAUAAUAACUUGGUUCAACAGCAUAUUCAAAGACUACAUCACCUUCAACAUUUACACCCUACUAGACGUGGGAUGCAGUCCGCUCAUUUAUUAAGUCUUAAUCGUGCUCAACAGUUUAUGCAAGCACAACAGCAACAGCAAGCAGCACUUGCUGCCGUUGCUCAAAAUCUUUUUCCUACUCAUGAAGAUCAACAAGAAUCUCAAGACGAAAUUAUUGAUCUAAAUUUUGAAGAGGUACCAGUUCAAACACCUCUUCAACCAAGUCAUAAUGGGGUUGCAUUGGAUAGUGUAUUUAGGCGGGUAAAUUUACUUCGUCAACUCGUUCAACAAGAUAAUCGUGUUAUGCGACCUACCUCUAGACAUCACAGAUCAUCAUCAAAUCAUG